GGGACCCCCCACCCACCUGCACCCCCACCCACAGCACCAGGACCCCCCCACCCACAGGUCCUUCACACCCCACCCGCGGCACCUGCGACCCCCCCAGCACCAGCACCAGCACCCUGCCCACAGCACCGGGCUGGGCAUCCCUGGUGCCCCCCAACUCGCCCCCCGCUGCACCCCAGACCCUGCCCUGCACACCCCUGUGCCCACCGCACCCCCACAGGGGACACCUCACAUCUGGGGGUGCCCACCAGGGCUACAGGCACCCUCCAGCCCCCCAAUGCCUCCCCCAGCACCCACAGGCCCGGCUGUGCUGCCCCUGCACCCCACAGACACCCCACACACCCCGGUCAGUGCUGCCACCCCAGUGACCCCAGUGAUGCCCCAGUCUGAGCCCCCCCAGCCCCAAAUCUGGCCCCUCCCCAGCCCACUCAGCCUGGGGGGCUCCUCACACCAAGCCCUCCCGUUCUCUGGGGGUGCCGCAGGCCCUGAGCCCCCAAACCACAGCGGGUCACGGCCACGGCUCCACCUGUGCAGUGUCAGGUGUGGGGGGGUCCCUGCACAGGCCGGGUGGGCACACAGCAAGCCAGGUGGCCACGCCUCAUGCCAGGUAGCGAUGCACUGUGUCAGGUAGCCAUGCACUGUGUCAGGUGGCCAUGUACCAUCUCAGCUAGCCAGGUGCUAUGCCAGGUAGCCACACACUGUGUCUGAGGCCCACGCGUCCUGUCAGGUAGCCAUGUAACACAUCAAGUAGCCACAUGUCAUGUCAGGUAGCCACACACCGUGUCAGGUAGCCAUGCACCAUAUCAGGCAGCCACACACCAUGCCAGGUAGCCACAGGCUGUGCCACAGGCCUAUGCACCAGCCACCCACGCCAGCUCCUGGCCCCUCGGUGCCACUCAGGCCCGUGGCAGCAGUGGCCACUGGCCUCACCAUCCCUGUGUCCCACAGAAUUCCCACUGCCUGCCCAGCCCCUCCCAGCAGCUCCCGGUGCCACCGCCAUGGGUGGCACGGGGGGUGUCGGGGCGCAGCAACAGCAGCGAGUUCGGGGUGGCCCUGGGUGGGCGAUGGGGGUCCCGGGGGGUCCCGGCACAGCCCGAGGGGUAUCGUGUCCCCCGGUGCCGCCGGGCCGUGGUGGAAUCGGGGGGGGCACCGAGGGGUGUGGCCAGGGGGGCUGCGCAGGUGACACCGCACCCGCGGGUCCCGGGGGACACCCCGGCGGGUCCCCCCGCCCGCACCCGGCACCGGCGCUGCCCGAGGGGGCCGCCCCUCCCCGUGACUCAGGGAGGGCAGGGCCGGGCAGGGAGGGGCAGGGCCGGGAGGAGGAGGAGGAGGAGGAGGAGGAGGAAGGCACCACCCCCGCCCCGCCCCACUGCCCGGUGUCCGUCCGUCCGUCCGCGCUGCCAGUGUGCACGUGAGGAGUGAUGAUGGGGGGGUCCCACCACCCAGCACUCCAAUACCACUCCAGAACCCCCGAACCCCUGCCCUGACACCCCCGGGCUCGUGGGGCACGGCUGAGCCCCCCCAUCCCUCUGCCAGUCCCCCAUCGGGGGCAGGUCAGCACCCCCAAAUCCCUCCUGGGAAGGCUGUUGGAUGGAAACCAGGAAGGGGUCCCACCAAUACCCCUCCUGACCCCCACUGUGACCCCCACCCCAAAGCCCUGCCCUGAUCCCCCCAGCUGAGCCCCCUCCACCUCCCCUCUGCCAGCCCCCCACCAGGGCUGGGGGCUGGGGACCCCCCGGGCAGCCCAGCACCCCCAUAUCCCUCCUGGUAAGGGUGUUAGAUGGAAACCAGGGGGGGCACCCAGCUGGGGGGGGUCACCCACCCCAGCCCCCUGCAAUGCCCUGGCCUGUCAUGAGUGUGUUGGGUCUCAGCAGCCCCCAGUGGGGAGGGGUCCAGCUGUCCCCAGGCCGAGGGGACGCAGGGACAUUCUGUGGCUGUGGGGCAGCGCCCAGGGGGCCCCCCCGAAGGGAAUCUGACUCCACGGGGGGCCGGGGGGGCCGUGGUGUAUAAAUGCUGCUCCCGGCUGCUCGGCCAGGCAGGUGCCAGCGGGCACCCACCGAGAGCCACGUUACCACCCCCAGCUGCCCACGGCCCCCCUGGAGCCCCCCAGGACCCUGACCCACUUAUCCCCCACCGCCAGGGCCUGAAAGCUGAGCCGGCUCCGUUUCGGGGGUCAGUUACAGCGGCUCGGGUGUCACAGCUCGGGGGGCCACGGCACCCCCCGGCUCGGGCAGAGCCAGCCCGGCAUGAAAAAGUCAUGAGCAACCAAAGCUGGGGUUGUUUGUGGGAACAAUAACCGGGCACGAGGCUGACACUGGAGCUGCUGGGCCAGGGAGAUGGUGGCAGGAACCAGGGUGGCAUCACCAGGACAUGGCCAGAGCCCGGCACGGGGGGUCCGAGCACUUUGGGGUGCCCAGGCGGUGGCACAGCCCAUCCCUGACAGGCCCAGGAGUGUGGCCGAGGCCAGAGGUCUCUGUGGCUGCACCUGCCCCGUUUAGGGGUUCCCAGUUGAGCUGGGGUUCAGUACCUGCAGGGUGGGAGUGGGACCUGUCCCCUGCACCCCUGUCCCCCAGUCCCUGCACCUCCUGCCCCCAUCAUGGGGCCGGACCCUCAUCGUUGUCAUGAGUUCCAGGCGGCCUCAGCCCCGAAGGACCCCACGCCCCGGGAUGGCUCCAGGGGGGGCUGGGGGUGUCCGUGACCCCGAUCCACAGCUGCAGAAGGGAUUUGGGGCCACAGGACAGAUGGAGGCCAAGGGCCCCAAAGCAGGAUAAAAGGUUUACACUAAUCAAAAUGCCUGGCUAAUUGGAAAAGGCGCUUAGGGGCUGGCCGGGAGGCGGCGCGGCUGGAGGUGACCCGCUGCUGAAUCAGAGGGACCGGUAACCUUAACCCGCCGGCAUCGGAACGGAUACGCCGGCCCGGAUCGGGUUCCCACCCAAGUUUUCCACCCGCGGCUCCGCCACAGCCGGACGGGGCCGCGGUGAGGGACGGUGGCGUGGCCGGGGGCUGCCGCGGUGCCCCCUCGCCUGGGCGUCCCCGGUGCCCACCGUGACCCGGCCGGUCUCUAACCCCACCUGAGGGUACCCAGGAGGGUCGCAGUCCCCCAGGCCCCGUCCCGCUCUGUGGGUCCGGGGCAGCGCAGCCGCCCCCGCCGCGGGCGCUCGGUCCGGCCCCGCCGCGACGCCCGGGCUCGGCAGCGCCGGGGAGCCCCCGCCGGCCCCCCGGGGGCCGCCCCGCCUCGGCGGAAGAUGCCAACGAAUGGGAUCCACCAGGUGCUGAAGAUCCAGUUCGGGCUGAUCAACUGCGAGAGCCGGUACCUGACGGCAGAGAGCUUCGGCUACAAGGUGAACGCCUCGGCGCUCAGCCUCAAGCGCAAGCAGAUCUGGACGCUGGAGCAGGAUGAAGCCGACAGCUCCAUCGUCUUCCUCAAGAGCCACCUGGGCCGGUACCUGGGCGCCGACAAGGACGGGAAGGUGCGCUGCGAGGCGGAGCAGCCGGGCCGGGACGAAGGCUUCAGCAUCAUCACGCAGUCGGACGGGCGCUGGGCGCUGCAGUCGGCCCCGCACCGGCGCUUCUUCGGGGGGCGCGAGGACCGGCUGUCCUGCUUCGCCCCCAGCGUGACGGAGGGCGAGCUGUGGACCGUGCACCUGGCCAUGCACCCCCAGGCCAACCUGCUGAGCGUGAGCCGCCGCCGCUACGCCCACCUGAGCGCCCACGAGGACGAGAUCGCCACCGACAGCAACCUGCCCUGGGGGGUGGACGCGCUCAUCACCCUCUGCUUCCAGGACAAGAAGUACAGCCUGCGCACGGCCGACGAGCGGUACCUGCGCUGCGAUGGCACCCUGGUGCCCGAGCCGGGUGCCGGCACCGGCUACACCCUCGAGUUCAAGGCCGGCAAGUUGGCGUUCAAGGACUGCGAUGGGAAGUACCUGGCGCCCACCGGACCCACCGGCACCCUCAAAUCCGGCCGCAGCUCCAAGCCGGGCAAGGAUGAACUCUUUGACCUGGAGGAGAGUCACCCCCAGGUGGUGUUCACGGCGGCCAAUGGCAGAUACGUCUCCAUCCGGCAGGGUGUCAAUGUCUCGGCCAACCAGGACGAGGAGCUGAACCACGAGACCUUCCAGCUGCAGAUCGACCGUGACACCAACAAGUGCAGCCUCCACACCAACACUGGCAGCUACUGGACCCUGGUGGCCCAUGGGGGCAUCCAGGCUGUGGCCACCGAAAUCGCUGCCAACACCAUGUUUGACAUCGAGUGGCGCGGGCGGCGCGUGGCCCUGCGCGCCAGCAACGGCCGCUACGUCUGCACCAAGAGGAACGGGCAGCUGGCGGCCGUCAGCGACGCCGUGGGGGAGGACGAGGAGUUCACUCUGAAGCUGAUCAACCGCCCGAUGCUGGUGCUGCGGGGGGAGCACGGCUUCGUCUGUUACCACCGCGGCUCCAACCUGCUCGACUCCAACCGCUCCGUCUACGACGUCUUCCACAUCAGCUUCAGCGACGGCGCCUACCAGAUCCGAGGCCAAGGGGGCAAGUUCUGGUACGUGGCGAGCAGCGGGUCGGUGUGCAGCGACGGGGACCUCUCCGAGGAUUUCUUCUUUGAGUUCCGGGAGCGCGGCCGCGUGGCCAUCAAAGCGAAGAACGGGCGGUACCUGCGCGGGGACCCCGCGGGGACCCUCCGCGCCGACAGCGAGUCCGUGCUGCGGGCCACGCUCUGGGAGUACUGACCCCCCUUCCCGGGCAGCCCCUGCCCACAGGCACCAGCCUGUCCCCCGGCAAAGGGGGGUGGUGGCAGCAGUGGCAGCGCCCAUGGCAGCCGUGCCCCCGGCCCCUCGACCCACGGCAUUAAAGUCACCUGGAUCACA